AUGUCUCCUACAAAACUCACCUCUGCCACUUCAGCAGACUCAGUCUCGAACACGAACCCUCUGACCGAACGCUCUCCAAACACCGCGUCGCCCUCGAAACCCAAGGCAUCAGACAAAAUCACCACUUCGGCGAUGGAUGGGAAGCAGAUGCCGCGAUUCGACCACACUGCGCAGAAAUAUCCGGUCGCAUCAGCUUCAGCAAGUGCUGGUCAGGGUCAGGGUCAGAGUCAAAAUCAGACAUAUAUCUCGCCGUCGGACGCCAUGCAGAGUCCCACGACGAAGAAGUUGAGUGAGAUCAAGGGGCGCCGAUUCAUGAAUGCCAAACCUCAGACCCUGUUUGCCAAAACCCUGAAUCAGAACCAUGCCAGUCUGAAUUUCCAGGCUAGGGAUUUGAAAUGA